AUGAUCACGAAACCCACAUCGCAACACCAAUAACACACACCCUCCACAAUGACCGACCAACAAGACUCCCCCCCAAUCCCUCCUCCGCUCCGGACAAACGAAGAGCUCAACCUCGCCGUCCUCCGCCGUCACAACCCCUCCAUCCAAAACAUCCUCUCACUCGCCCCCUAUGCCGUCGUCUACAUCUUCAGCGCGACCUCUCGCCAGUGGGAAAAGAGCGGCAUAGAAGGCACACUCUUCGUCUGCCAGCUGUCGCAAGGCCCCCUCGGCGAAGAGCGCUACACCGUCUUCGUGCUCAACCGCCGCGGUCUCACCAACUUCGACGUACCCCUCACAGAUGGCGACAACGUCGAAUUAACCGACGAAUACGUCAUCCUCAAAACCGACAUCACCUACGAUUCCAACCCCAAUCCCAACGGCAACAGCAACAGCAACAGCAACAACAGCACCGCCCCCUCCAACCCCCGAAACGCCAAAACCGACCCCAUCCGCAUCUACGGCCUCUGGAUCUACUCCGAGCCCCCGCCGAACUCCACCGCCGAGACGCGCACCAUCAACGCGGAGGUGGUCCGCGAGUGUGCCGUCCACGCGGGGCACAGUCUCAAAAUCGCCCGCGAGCGUCUUGAAGCGGUCCGUCAGGACGGCAUGCACGAGGCGGCGGCCGCCACCGCGACGACUACCCCGCCGCUGGAGGAAGUCCAGGAGAGUGUGCCCAUGGGUCGUCAGAUUUCCCUCAAGGAUCUGUUCGGGCAUCAGCGGGCUCAUGACGAUGGGUGGAGUGUGAGGGCGCAUCAUUUGGGGCCUGCGGAAGGGCAGUUCGAGCAAAUGCGCCAGCAACAGUUGCAGCAGCAGCAACUACUGCAGCAGCAACAACACCAGCAGCAAAUUCUGCAGCACCAGCAACAACACCAGCAGCAGAUGCUACUGCAGCACUUUCACCAGCCCCAACAGCCCCUUGGGUAUCCCGGGCCUGUUCCUGCAGCUGCUGCAGCUCCCCCGGCGCCGCCACAGCCGCAGGGGGAUGUCCUGGGGAGUUUGUUCCGGAAGGCGGGGCUAGCGUAUCAGGAUGGACCGGUGCAAUGAUUGUUUCCUUUUCUUCUUAUAACAUCCUUUCCUUUCCUUCAUGUUCUUUUCUAUUAUCAUUGAUAUAUGCAUGGUUCAUGCGUGGUCGGUGAGUCAGGUCGAGGCGUACGAAUAGAUACCCAGUUUGCAUGUGGUGGAUUAAAUCAACAUGACCGAAUUAUCUUCUAUUUCCAUUUCUAUAUACAUUAU